UCAAAUGACAUGUUUACAUUUUGCAACAUUGUAGUGUGAUUGUUGAUUUUGUGAGGUUAUAACAGCUACCCUGUCUUAGGUUGGACUGUGCCUCCUUUAAACUAAAACUCAUUAAUAACUAUAAUGAAAAGCACCGUGCUAGAUUUAUUCGCUGAAGCCAAGAGAAAUGAAAGUUACGUCAAAGUCUGUGCACCUAUGGUCAGAUACAGCAAAGUACAAUUUAGAACGUUGGUAAAAAACUAUGGGGUAGACUUAUGUUUCACCCCCAUGAUACUAGCAGAUUCUUUCUGCCAAAACGAAAAAGCUCGUUCCAGUGAAUUCAGCACAACAAAUAAUGACUCUCCUUUGAUUGUCCAGUUUGCAGCCAAUAAUUGUAAUGAUUUCGUUGAUGCUUCAAAACUAGUGUAUCCAUAUGCCGAUGGCGUAGAUUUAAACUGUGGGUGCCCUCAAAAAUGGGCAAUGAAGGAUGGUUAUGGUUGUGCACUUCUGUCUAAACCUGAAAUUAUCUAUGAUUUAGUAAAAGCCAUCAGAAACAAUUUGCCAAACGACUUCAGUGUAUCAGUUAAAAUCAGAAUAUUGAAAGAAUUAAGAAGGACCAUAGAAAUGUGCCAUCAAUUUGAAAAAUGUGGAGUAAGUUUUCUGACUGUUCAUGGAAGGACUCCAGCCCAAAAGAGUGGUGCUAAAAUAGACACAGAUGCAUUAAAAGAGGUUUGUGAGUUAGUGCAGGUGCCCAUCAUAGCAAAUGGUGGGAUAAAGACUUUGGAUGAUGCAGAUAGAUUGCACCAAAAGGUCAACUGUGAUGGUAUAAUGGUAGCUAGUGGCAUUCUAACCAAUCCUGGUUUGUUUAGCGGAGCCAUGACUACCCCAUUAAGCUGUGUUAAAUUGUGGAUGGAUAUGAAAGCCAAGGAAAGUGAUAAAAUUACUUUUCAGUGUUACCACCAUCAUCUAGUGUUUAUGUUGGAAAAAGUUUUGUCAAAGCAACAGAAACAAGUGUUUAACUAUCUUAGUACUUUUGAAAGUGUGGAUAAAUUUUUAUAUGACCAUUUAUUAGAUUCUGUUAAUGUUGAACCAGAGUUUAAGUAUGAUUUAGGAGAAUUUGUGGAUUGUCAAUUUUCUGAUGAAAUUACAAUGAAACAUUCUAACAAAUGUAGGGGAUGUGGUAAAAGCGUGUGUUAUUGUGUCUGUGACAGAUAUGAUAGUAAUAGAACAGAUGGAAGUUAUUUUGCUUCCCAUAUGGAAGAUAAAGACUCACUAGAUUAUAUGGAUAGUAAUAUUUUUGAAGAAGCCUGUUAAAUCUAUUAAUGAAUAAUAUUUUUUGUUACUCAAA